UUUAUAGAUAAAAUUAAAAAUAUAAACUAUGAUAUCUUACAACAUAGAGAGAAAAGGCAUCAGGAAUCUCCUGCCCAUGGAUACCAGUAAGUAACAACAUAAAAAAUGAAAACACAGUUAAAGAACAAUGCUGAUCUCAAUUUAUUUAAACAAUUUAAAAUCAACUGCUACAACAAAUACAAAAAAGGCAAUGAAAACGACCUCAAUAAUAAGCACAAGAAGCAAAUCAACUGUUGAUAUAAAUCGGACACCGAAUAGAACAAGUCCUCGUUGAUUUCGACACCACCAAGUGUCACUUCCUCGUUAUAGCCGGCUUCUCCGUUUCUCCGUUCCAUAUAUUAACCUCUUAUCUUUCACUUCAAUACAUAUUACAUACUUACUAACAAUGGACAGGCUUAUAAGUUUGGAGCCGUCGAACGUUGUCAUAAUCCGGGUCGAGCCGGGGCAUCGGUGCUCCGGUCAGCUAACCCUCCGCAACGUCAUGUACACGAUGCCCGUCGCCUUCCGUCUCCAGCCGAUCAACAAAACUCGGUACAAUGUUGUCCCACAAUCAGGGAUCAUACUACCUUUGACUACAGUCACACUCGAGAUCACGUACAAUCUCCCGCCGAAUUCCACCCUCCCGCACCGUUUCCCGCACUGCGACGACUCGUUCGUCUUGCAGAGCGUGGUGGCUCCCGGGGCAUCGGUCAAGAACCCGUCGACCACCCACGACUCUGUCCCGGUCGAGUGGUUCACGCACAAGAAGAAGCAGGUGUACUCCGACAGUGGUAUCAGAGUCAUGUUCGUUGGAUCCCAGAUACUGACUCAGCUUGUGUCGAAAGGCUCCAACAUGGAUGAAAUUAGAGAAGUUCUCGAAAAGAGCGAUCCCUCUUGGAAAUCGGCUGACUCGACUGAUUCUGAUGGGCAGUCGUUGCUCCACCUGGCCAUCUCUCAGGCCCGGCCUGAUUUAGUCCAGCUACUGCUCGAGUUCGGGCCGGGCCUGGAGGCCAGAGGUCGAUCAGGGACAAGCCCGCUCGAGGCUGCUGCAGCCUCGGGCGAGGCCCUGAUCGUCGAGCUGCUUCUAGCGCAUAGAGCUAGUCCGGAGAGAUCGGAAUCCUCCGCGUGGGGUCCGAUACACCUCGCAGCGGGCAACGGUCACAUCGAAGUUCUGAGGCAUCUUCUGCUCAAAGGCGCCAACGUGAACGCGGCCACGAAAGACGGCAAUUUCACGGCCCUGCACUUGGCCGUGGAGGAGCGUCGGAGGGACUGCGCGAAGCUGCUGCUGGCCAACUCCGCCGCGACCGACAUAAAAAACGCGAGCGACGGAGAAACACCACUGCACGUCGCCUCGAGCCUAGGCGACGAGCAAAUGGUGAAGCUUUUGCUCCACAGGGGAGCUAAUAAGGAUAUAAGGAACAAGGCCGGUAAAACGGCCUACGAUCUCGCGGCGGAAAACGGGCACGCGAAGCUGUUCGACGCCCUCCGGUUGGGCGACAGUCUGUGCGUCGCCGCUAGGAAGGGCGAGCUGAGGAUGAUCGUAAGACUUCUCGACAACGGUGCGCUUAUCAACGGGCGGGACCAGAACGGGUGGACCGGGCUCCACCGGGCCGCGUUCAAGGGCCGUGCUGAUGUGGCACGGGCCUUGAUCGAGAAGGGGAUAGAUGUGAACGCUAAGGACGAGUGUGGGUACACGGCUUUGCAUUGUGCGGUGGAAUCAGGCCAAGUUGAUGUGAUCGAGUUGCUUGUGAAGAAGGGAGCUGAUAUCGAGGCUAGAACUAAUAAGGGCGUUUCGGCUUUGCAGAUUGCCGAGUCUUUGCACUAUCCGGGGAUUGUUCGGAUACUUGUGCAUAGAGGCGGUACGAAAGAUGGUGCGUCGCAAGGUAAGAUUAAUAUGAUCGGUAGUGAGCAAAAUAAUUCGGAAUCUUUAUUCAAGGGGAUCGGUGGGAGAGAGAUCGAUGUCGGGGCGGUGAAGAAGGCGGUUAAUCGUGGUGGACGAGCUCGCCGGAGUAGCUUCGAACGCUCCGCCAUGUUGGCCGUGGUCUAGAUGAUGUGCUCGG